AUGUGCCCUAUUGUCCGGCAGCCCGCCUGCUUCACCCCAAUGAUCUGCCACUGCAAAGUUGCAUGCACCAACAACACUUUGUCGUUGAUGUUUGGCUGCAAGAAAUACCGUUAUCAAGAUGAGGACUCCCCUCCACAUGACCAUUCCUUGCCAAGACUAACCCAUGAUAUGAAAGGUCCUGAGCUCGUCCACGUCUCUGAGAAGAACUUGUCCCAAAUAGAGAAUGUCCAUGGGUAUGUGAUGCAAUCACAUAUAUCUCCUCUAAAGGCCAGUCCUGCACCAAUCAUUGUGAAUACGGAUACUCUGGACACAAUCCCUUAUAUUAAUGGGUCAGAAAUUGAAUAUGAGUUUGAGGAAAUAACAUUGGAACGGGGAAAUUCGGGUCUUGGCUUUAGUAUCGCUGGAGGAAUAGAUAACCCUCAUGUAGGAGAUGACCCGGGAAUAUUUAUUACAAAGAUCAUACCGGGAGGAGCAGCGGCAGAAGAUGGAAGACUCAGGGUCAACGAUUGUAUUCUCCGAGUGAAUGAGGUGGAUGUGUCUGAAGUGUCGCACAGCAGAGCCGUAGAGGCGCUGAAAGAAGCCGGUUCCAUUGUCCGCCUGUACGUACGCAGGAGAAGACCCAUCCUUGAAACUGUUGUAGAAAUUAAACUUUUUAAAGGGCCAAAAGGUUUGGGCUUCAGUAUUGCUGGAGGAGUCGGAAACCAACACAUUCCCGGGGACAACAGCAUUUAUGUAACCAAAAUUAUUGAAGGAGGAGCAGCACAAAAAGAUGGCCGACUACAAGUGGGGGACAGGUUACUAAUGGUAAAUAAUUACAGUUUAGAAGAAGUCACUCACGAGGAAGCCGUAGCUAUUCUGAAGAACACAUCUGACGUAGUUUACCUUAAAGUAGGAAAACCCACCACCAUAUACAUGACAGAUCCGUACGGACCUCCUGAUAUCACUCACUCCUAUUCACCUCCUCUGGAUAGCCACAUCCUCAGCACUGCAAACAAUGGCACCUUGGAAUACAAGAGCUCAUUGCCGCCAAUCUCUCCGGGAAGAUACUCUCCGAUCCCAAAGCACAUGCUUGUGGAGGAUGACUACACCAGGUCUCCGGAGCCUGUAUACAGCACUGUCAAUAAACUCAGUGACAAGCCUUCCUCUCCGAGACAAUAUUCCCCGGUGGAAUGUGACAAAAGCUUCCUUCUCACGUCUCCGUAUCCUCAUUUCCACGGAGGUUUGCUUCCAGAGUCCGAAAUUUCCAGGGAACCUCGGAAAGUCAUUCUACACAAAGGCUCCACAGGCCUGGGCUUUAAUAUCGUCGGCGGAGAGGAUGGAGAAGGGAUUUUCAUCUCUUUCAUCCUAGCCGGAGGACCUGCAGAUCUGAGCGGGGAGCUGCAGAGAGGAGACCAGAUUAUAUCUGUUAAUGGAAUCGAUCUUCGCGGUGCUUCCCACGAACAAGCUGCGGCCGCCCUAAAAGGUGCAGGUCAGACGGUCACCAUUGUAGCACAAUACCAGCCUGAAGAGUACGCUCGAUUUGAAGCAAAAAUCCAUGACCUACGUGAGCAGAUGAUGAAUCACAGCAUGAGUUCUGGGUCCGGCUCUCUGAAGACAAACCAGAAGCGUUCCCUCUACGUGCGGUAA